GGUCAUGGUGGUCGUGGUCUUUCAAUGGUGCAUGUGCUCACGAUGGCCAUGGCCAACAUCUGGUGGUGACGUCACCAUCUCAGGAUUUCUGGGGCUCCCUUCUUCCCCGAUUGGUACGGAGGAUUCGGUUCCUUGGCCCUCCCUUUAUACUCCUCUGCUUCUGUUUUCUUUAGAAAAAGUAUUACCCGUUUUAUACUGCGGCCUUAGAAAGGUAAGAAGAAAUUCUUGCCUUUCGCGGGAAGUGAGACUCAGAAUUGGUCAUUUCACUCCCUCUUCCUCGCUGUUAUGGUCUUAAUUAAUAAAGUAAGAUUAAGAAAAUCUCGAGGUGGGUACCAUUAAAAAUUAUUCUUCCAGUGAGAAUUUCAACAUCUUUACUACUUUGCUUUCUGAUUUACUAAAAUAAUGGCUGCAGAAAUAAUUUUCUGCAACGGGAUAAUAUGCCUUUUCUGCAUUGAAGAUCUUUAUUCCACUUGGGGAAGUGAUGGGGUGCAAUUUCUGGCAAAGCUCCCACGCUGUGUUUCAGAAAGGCUUGAGCUCGGGAGGGGUGGCUCAGAAAAUGAGACGAUUAACGCUUAUGGUAGCCAGUGUAGAAGCCUAGAAAGACAACGCUUUUUCUCUGCUCUUUUCUUUUUUCUCUUUUUCAUUUUCCUUCUCUCCCUAGAGUAAGUACCCACCAUCACGACUAUCGUAACUCGUGACGUUUACUCUCUCCCUCUCUCUCUGUGCCAAUUUAUUCCGACUGGGACGGUCUAGAGCGAAUCUCAUGCAAUCUUUUGCAAUUUCCUGGGAGAAUGAAAGAAUUGAGUUCUUCUUUCUGUCAUUUUGUGAUUUGGGGAUGAGGGUGGUGCUUCGCAUUUCACGUUUUUCCUGUUGCCCUGUAAUUUUCAGCGGGAAGGCAAAUGUUUUCUGCCACCUCUUGUUCUUGAUCCCGUGUCCUAAGCCUGGAAACGAUGAUGCGUCUUCCCUCGGUUGUUUAUGAUCGUAUGAUCUGUGCCAGAUUCUUCUACUUCCUUCCGGGAAAUAGAGGUGUUUUUCGUCAUUAGGAAGAAUUUACGAAGAAGAACCUUGGUUGUGCUCUUGAAUAGGUUCACCUUCUUUUCCUUUUUUCCUUCCUUGGGGAGUUUAGAAAAGAAAAGCUACGGUGUCACUUGAGUUCUUCUUUUGGAAUGGGUUGUUUCGCCUGCGUUCGUCAGCGAUUAAAAGAAGCAAAGAAGAUCGAGCAUAACACGGGGACAGGCUACCACAUUGAGCACUCAGCAUCUGGUAAGAGAGCAAACUCCUUCAGCAAGCACAGAAAGGAUAGCAGCAAUGAGGGUUCCAAAGAUGGUAGGAUCGCUGCUCAUGGCUUCACUUUCCGGGAGCUCGCAACGGCAACAAGGAACUUCAACCCUACAAACUUGAUUGGAGAGGGCGGUUUUGGAAGAGUUUACAAAGGACGCUUGGAGAGUACUGGCCAGGUUGCUGCUAUCAAACAGCUUGACCGAAGUGGGUUGCAGGGGAACCGUGAGUUUCUUGUGGAGGUCCUCAUGUUAAGUCUUUUACAUCACCCCAACCUUGUCAACCUGAUCGGGUACUGUGCCGAUGGCGACCAGCGACUUUUGGUGUAUGAAUACAUGCCAAUGGGAAGUUUGGAAGACCAUCUAUUUGACAUUCAACCUGGAAGAACACCCCUUGAUUGGAACACCAGAAUGAAGAUUGCAGUUGGUGCAGCUAGAGGCCUAGAGUACUUGCAUGAUAAAGCAAAUCCACCUGUUAUUUAUCGUGAUCUAAAGUCAGCAAAUAUAUUAUUGGACAAUGAAUUUAAUCCUAAACUCUCUGAUUUUGGCCUUGCAAAACUGGGCCCGGUUGGGGGCAAGACUCAUGUUUCAACAAGGGUAAUGGGCACUUAUGGAUAUUGUGCACCUGAAUAUGCUAUGACUGGUCAGCUUACUCUCAAGUCAGAUGUCUAUAGCUUCGGUGUAGUUCUAUUGGAGUUGAUCACAGGAAGGAAGGCCAUUGAUACCUUGAAGCCUACAGGAGAACAAUACCUAGUUACUUGGUCACGACCCUAUUUCAAGGAUCGGAGGAAGUUCACUCAAUUGGCUGAUCCACUGCUUGAAGGCCACUUCCCCAUUCGCGGCCUACAUCAUGCAGUUGCUAUCUCUGCCAUGUGCCUUCAAGAGCAGGCCAACACUCGUCCACUUAUAGGAGAUAUUGUUACUGCCCUUGAAUACCUAGCUUCUCAGCCAUAUAUUCCAGGAAAAGAUUCUGGUUGUGAUGUCAGAUUUUCCCCGUCGUUGUGACCUGGAUGGUCAGCUGCAAGCAAGAUUACUAGAGCAUAUGAUGACCAAGUUAGCAGUGGAGGCUGUACACCAAACCAGAAAUGAAACAAUAUCUUGGUGCUCCUUAUGAAGAAGUGAGCAGAAUUCCUCCAUGGAAGAACGUGAACAGAAGCAGCCGUCUGUUAAAUCCUCAGCUUGCUAUUUUAUGUCAUCAGUUGCAGUCACUUUAUUAAAGAACUUCUCGCCUUGAAGUUUUCAAGGGAAGACUGUGUUCCAGCUCUGCGUCUAAGUUAUUGGGUUUUCUGAACAAAGGGAUUUAAUUGUGGAUUCCCAAUUCCGGCCUUGAAACACGGAUCAGAACCAGUGAGCAAGUGGAUUGUAGUUUUCUUGGCCCUUGUAACUGCACCUUCAAUGUCUCUGGUAUCGAGUUGGAGGAAAUUUUGUGUUA